GUGCAAGAAGAAACGUACUUAUGAUUCUUCAAAUCUUGCAUUUAUACCAAUUUUCUCCCUUUAUCUUUCCCUUUCAUUAAUAACUAGUUAUACUCAUAGAGGACUCAAAGAGGAAAUCAACUAAUCAAGCAUUCAUUCCCCAUCAUUAUCUAAUUACAAGUUACAAAAUCUUAACUAUCUAUUUCUUCACAAGGUGUAGCUUACACAAGCUACUCAUCAAUCCAAGAUUAUCAUAACUAUCAACCCAGUAUUCCGUACAGGUCGGGUCCGAGAAGUCAUAAAUCCAAGAUAACAUCUCCAAUCUACACAUGAAAAACACUACUUGGUUUUGCAUUUUCACUUUGCUAAUUAUAGCAUGUUUUCUAGAUUACACAAUGGGAAGAAUAAUUAUGCAAGAAAAGGCAGAAGCAAGUAAUAUUCCAAAUUCAAUAAUAAGCCAAUCACCACCAGAAGGGAACACAACAUUUUUAGACGGUACAACAUGGUGUGUAGCACUUCCAUGGGUAUCCCAAACUGAUCUACAAAUAGCACUUGAUUGGGCUUGUGGGGCCGGUAACGCGGAUUGUAGACCCAUCAAACCCGGCGGGUCUUGUUAUCAACCCGACACGGUGGUGUCUCAUGCUUCAUAUGCCUUUAAUCUUUACUAUCAACAAAAUGGUAACAAUGCCAUUGCUUGUAACUUUGGUGGAACUGCUACUUUAACUAAGAAAGACCCAAGUUAUGGUAGAUGUGCAUAUGAUGUUUCCAGGCCUCUAAGAUCAGCAAAUACAAAGGUGGAUGUACAUAUGCAAAGUGUACUCAUCAUAAGUAUUCAGUUAAUGUUGUUAAAUUGGUGGGUAAUUCUUUGAUUAUGUUAUGGAAGACAUAUAAUAUUAAUAUGCUAAGAAAUUAAUAAAUUAAUUAAUUAACUAGUUGUAUGAUAUUAUUAAUUAUAUUUUGGUAGACAUAAAUAUGCUUUACUUGAAGUUAUGUCAAGAAUAUUAACAAUGGAACUUGCUUUUUGU